AUGCUAGCACAGGGAGCUGACUUAGUGUUAUCAGCGCGAGGUAGCAAAAUAUAUGUCUAUAGUAUGGCAGAAGGAAUGCAAUUAAAAAGUACAAUUAAAGGAAACUCCCAGGUUUCUGCGGCUGCGUGUGCUUUAAACGAUUCAUUUUUGUUAAUUGGAACAGUAAGUGGGCAUCUAUACUACUACAACACAAUAGAAAAAAAAGAGCUGAUUACUUUAGAAGAGUGCGAAGAGAUAGCCAAGAUACCACUUAAAAUUACAUGCAUAUUCAUUUUAAAUGAUAUUGUAUAUGUUACAUCUGAGACUGGUACAAUUAGAAUAUUUUCUAUUCAGCUGGUACAGAGGGCUGCAAAUACAAGUACAACUAUAAAUACGACACUCACAGAAGGUAGCGCCGAAAAGGAUGGAUGGAUGGAGGAGAUAGAGUCAAUUGGAGAAUCUACAGCAGAUACACUCAGCAUGAACAUUAGUAGAACAGAAGGAACCCACCAUGUAUUUAAGUAUAUGAGAGAGAUAAAACACACUACACCAAUAACCUCUACUGCAGUAUGCGGCUCCAACAUAUAUAUACUGGAUAUGAGAGGAAGGGUUAUUGUGUUUCCGUCAAAGGUUGUAUAUGACAAUAUUUCAGAUAUUUAUUUUAGGAAGUAUCUAUUUUGUAUUGAUGAGUGCACUGUAUUUGCAGAAGUUGGUCGGGUUUUUACGUCAGUGUACUUUGCAAAAUCCCCAAUAAAGUAUAUAUCAAGUACAAUAGAGGGAGGAUUCUUUUUUAUAUUAACAGAAAGUGAGCUGGAAGUAAUGAAAAUAGAGGAAAUGGGAGGAAAGCGGGUGUACUCACAAAAGCUGUCCAAGGAAACCGAAGAGAUUGUGGUAGAUUCAAAGAGGUCUCUGAUAUAUGGCAUGCACAAUGGAAAGCCUACAAGAAUAGAUCUAAACUAUGUGUGGAUCGACAAACCAAUAGAAGAUCUAAAGAUAGAAGGAAGUACAAUUAAAGAGGUGCGCAGAGAAGAAGAGCCAGAUGUGGAGGGCGAUGAAUACUUUGACAUACCAAAUGUAAAGGCUGUGAAGGACAUGGCGCUGCCUUCUGUUAAAUAUGCAUCUGGGAAUGUUAAAUUGAACCUGCGCAAAGGCGCAUUUGAUUUUAGUUCAGACUCAGAUGAGCAUGAUAGUAAUGCAAAUCAGCAUAAUUCAGAUAUUGAAGAUUUAUUUGAGUCUGGCGAUGGGUCUCCUAGUGCAGAAAUGCCAGAAUACGGGCACUCCCAUCUUUUGGAGACGACUGCAGACCCUGCGCCGGUAACAAGCACAAGAAAGCACUGUGUUUUAAACAAAAUAUGCGGUCCUGUAUCAAUUACUAACAAUCAAGACCGAUUAGCCUAUUGGUCAGCAGAGUGCAGUAUUAGGGUAUCUGAUCGAAUGGAUUAUAAGCAGAUUGAGGUUGUUACGCGGGCAUCCUCUGUUGAAGUUUCCAUUUUGAAAGAAACGGGGGAUAUUAUGCUAGCUGCAGCGUCCAAGUUUAUUCUUGUGCUAUACACAGGAGUAUAUUUAAAGAUAUAUCAAAGUGCAUGUGGAAUAUUUUCUGAAAUUUCAUUAGUACAUAAGAUAGAAACAAAAAACAGAGUAGAAAGAGUUGUUUGUGGCGAAGAAUUCUUCUGCAUAGUAAGCGAAUGUGGCCUAUUAUCUAAUGUGUCUGUGUAUUCCAAGACCCUAAAAGAGCUGUUCUGUUUAGUUGGUGCUGUUAAAGGAAUUGCAGCAAGCGGAGAGUAUUUAGGAAUUAUUUUAGAAGAGGGAGAAGGUGUUUCGGUCCGGGCAUUCAGAUAUGUGAAUGGCACAGUUCGAAGUAUAAGCAGCGCAUAUUUCAAUAGGCAAUCAAUUGAUUUUUGUGGAAUAUCAAAUACUGGGGUGUUUGUUUUUGAAGUUUCCUCGCUUUUCUAUAUCUUGGGCAUGUCUAGAAUUAUUGGUCUGUCCAGCACAGUGGCAGGGGUUCCUAUUUCCGUGGUUGGUGAAAACAUAGCGUACUUAUUAGAAAAUGAAAAUGGGUCUAUUACCAUAUACCCGGAGGCAGUUCAAUACAGUCGCAUUGUGCGAGAGUGCUGCUUAGGCAAGAAAACGAAUAUUUAUGCAGAAAUCGAACAAGAAAUGAAUGAUAUUCCUGUUAGUUCAGUGCUAAGCAGUGAGUUGCUGCGUAAUGGAUCUACAGAAAGUGAUCAAACAGCAGUACCUAGAUCAGAAGAAGAUGAAAAUACUAUUUUUAUCAAAAGGGCGCACAAAUCAGUAGAAACUAUCCCACGCAAGCCGAAUACUAGCUAUUCAGAUAUAAGUAAAGUUGAGUAUCCAACCAUGCACACACCUACAAAAAAAGUAAAGCACUCAAAUCCAUUUGCAAGGAAUAAUACCACACAAAGCAAAUAGAAAAUGCAGUAGGGGGGU